AUGGCUCUGGAGGCUGCUUUCUCCAUGAGUUUCUGCUCCUUCCCUGUCACUAAAGCAAUCCCCUUUGAGAGAGAAACCUUAUCCUUUCAACGAAUCACCUUGAGAGCAAAUGGAACUGCGGGUGAGGGUGAAGUUCAAAGCUUUGUCGAAACUGAGAGGAGGAUAAGCUCUGACCUCAAACAGUUUUACAAAGAUAAAGGAAGUGAGACCAAAGCCGGAGAUUCAGGUUCUGUAGGUAGAGACACGCUACGGAAAGAUGCUACUUUACCAAAUAUCUCACUUUCUGGCCAGAAGAUUAUGGGACCAAAGAAAGGUCUUAUAGAUAGAAGCAAGGCCUUAGUAAAGCUGAAAUCUUUAGGAAAAGAAGUGAGAGAGGCAGGUUAUGUUGCAGAGACAAAGUAUGUUCUUCAUGAUAUCGAUGAAGAAGCUAAAGAGAGAGCAUUGAUGCAUCACAGUGAACGGUUAGCUAUUGCUUUCGGGCUUAUAAACACGCCUCCUGGGACGACGAUAACGGUGAUGAAGAAUUUGAGGAUAUGUGGAGACUGCCACAACUUCGUAAAGAUACUGUCGAGUAUUGAAGAUAGAGAGAUCAUUGUACGAGAUAACAAGAGGUUUCAUCAUUUUAGAAAUGGUAGCUGCUCCUGCGGAGAUUAUUGGUAG